UGAUGCAACAUUUUUCCACACACAUCACGUCUACAUCAGUAUUUAGUUGCCACAUUUUUUGCUUCAAUUCGUCCGAUAUUUAACUCUGUAUUUAAUUAAUUUCAUAUUAUAUUAAAUAUUAUUUAAGGAGUCUUUACAUUUAAAAUGACUGAAGAAGAAGCUUUAUUUGAUCCUUCCAUCAAGAAGAAGAAGAAGAAGAAGAAGUUUGACUUAGACAGCGCUUUAGCUUCUGAAACUGGUGUUGAUGGUAUUAAUGAACAAACAUUAGAUAAAGAAAACCAGGAACCUGUGCAAGACCCUGAUGAAUUUGAUGAUGGAAACCUGGAUCUUGACAACUUCGGUAAGAAAAAGAAAAAGAAAAAAAAGGUUACAAUAAAUUUAGAUGAUUUAGAAAGUGCAUUACCUGAUACAUCAUCAGCUAUGGAAAAUGGCGAUGGCCAAGGAGAGGCUAUGGAUGAUGAUUUUGAUUUAAAUAUGGACUUUUCAAAAACGAAAAAGAAAAAGAAAAAGAAGAAAGAUAUAGAUGAAUUAGUUGCUGAAGAAAUGGAUAAGAAAGGUGACAAAUUUGAUGACACAACUGAUGGUGAAAGUCACACGUGGUUUGGUUCUGAUCGUGAUUACACAUAUGAUGAACUUUUAACUAGAGUAUUUGAGAUAAUGCGAGAAAAAAAUCCUGAUAUGGUUGCGGGUAAAAAACAAAAAUUUGUUAUGCGCCCUCCACAAGUAGUUCGGAUAGGUACCAAAAAAACGUCUUUUGCAAACUUUACAGAAAUAUGCAAAACUUUACAUCGUCAGCCAAAACAUUUGUUAGAUUUCUUGUUAGCUGAAUUAGGUACCAGUGGUUCAGUGGACGGUAAUAGCCAGCUUAUAAUCAAAGGUCGUUUUCAGCAAAAACAAAUUGAAAAUGUACUCAGAAGAUAUAUAAAAGAAUAUGUUACCUGUCAUACAUGUCGUUCACCUGAAACCAUCUUGCAGAAAGACACUCGUCUGUUUUUCUUGCAGUGUGAAACUUGUGGUUCACGAUGUUCUGUUGCCAGUAUUAAGUCUGGUUUCCAGGCCGUCACUGGAAAACGUGCAGCUAUCAGAGCAAAAACUGCAUAAAUACUAUAAUAUAUUUUCUCAUGCGUGCUAUACUAGUUCAGCAAAAUAUAAUAAAAUAAAUAUCACGUUUUUACAAAUUUCAAAAAUAUGUUCUUAUUAUUAUGAUAAACAUUCAUUAUAAUAAACCCUACAGAUAUUAAAACAAUCUAAAAUUUGUUUUCCAAAUGUUUAUAUUGCCUAGUUCCAUCUGUUUAUUAAAACACAUUUAAAAAAUUUUAAAGCAGACUUUUUAUAUCCUUUUUGAAAUUAUAUUAUAUUAUACAAAAUUAAACAUAGUUAAAUGCUUUUUUAGCUAAUAUCUUUCAAUAAUUUACUUCUAUAUUAAAUAUUUAUGUAAAUUACAUUAUUAUUAAAACUUUUGUAAAUGGGACUGAACUAAUAACAGAGAAAUAAUUAAAAUUUGUAUUUAUUUUGAGUGAAAAUUAUAGUAGAUAAUUUUGAAAUAA